UCCCACAGUGCAGUGACAGCUUAAUUGGGCGGUAAUCAUACGUUUGCCGACUAACAUAGAGCUAGCUCAGCAAUUUAACAUCGGUCAUUGAUCUUCUUUUAACACCUGUUCUCCCUCUUUCUUUCCACCUUUUUACUAGACUUCAUAGUUACCACACCAUGCCUGUCAACCAUAAAGCCGGGUCCUCUCUAGGGCGGACUGACUCCCUAGACCCAACAUCAACAUGCAGAGGCGUCACUGGAAAUGGCCGCCCCUGUCGGCGCCCGUUGGCAUCGUCGACGAACUCAUCGCCCGCAUCGUCCCCCUCAAAACAUGCCAAACAAACAGACGCGGGCUCGUCCUACUGCUGGCAACACAAAGACCAAGCACCAGCGGUCGCCUCCCACGGAGCAAACCACACCCCACAAAACCCGCAAUUAAAGCCAAGGACAAGUGUCGACACGCUGAUGGGCCGCCUGGGGGUGUUGGAAAUCAACGACUCGGAAGACGCGUCCAAAAAGCGCCGCAACCACAGACGGCGCACCGACGUGGCCCCGGCCCCGAAAAAAGAAACCAAGCGAACCCUCUGCUGCUGCUUCGAAGUGCUCGUCGAAGACGAUGACCCCGUGCCAUCGAGACCGGCCAAUCCCGCAGCCGGGGAGAGACCCCCGGCUAUGCAGCAGAUGCCCUCGAACGCCAACCUGGGCCGACCGCAGCGCCCGUCCGGCAAACCAUCAACCUCCUCGCAAGCACACCUUCUGUCCCCCUCGCAGACCCCCUCCCGCCCAUCUCUCCACAGCGCGCCGGACUCGACCUCCUCAAACACAAAGGCCCUCCUCUCCUGGAUCCCGCCGGACCUCUCCCCGCAAACAACCUCCGUGCUCCUCGGCGAGCUCGCCAAACCCAUCUCCGACGCCGACGAACCAGGCUACAUCUACAUGUUCUGGGUGACCCCAGCGACAUCCACCCGCAGCGGCCCACCCCCAGCAGACGUCGCGCGCUCCCUCCUCCCAACCUCGGAGUCCCGCCCGCGACGCGCCAGCGACGCCAUCCAAACCGCGCGAGGCUUCACCACGCCAGCAGGCCAAAGCGCCGGCUCCACCAUCAGACUGAAGAUCGGACGCACAAGCAACGUCAACCGCCGUCUCACCGAAUGGUCGCGGCAGUGCUCGCACGACCUCACCCUCAUCAGAUACUACCCUUACUCGCCCGGCCGACCGGAGGGUCUCCCGCCGGCUGAUUUCCAGGAGGGUAAAGUGCCGCAUGUGCAUCGUGUGGAACGACUGACGCAUCUCGAGCUGGGGGAUCUGAGGCUCCGUGAUCUCGGCAAGUGCGAGGAGUGUGGGAAGGAGCAUCGCGAGUGGUUUGAGGUGCCGGCUGAUAAGGCGGAGUUGAAGCGGGUGGAUGAGUGUAUUCGGCGGUGGGUGAAGUGGGCGGAGAGUCAGUAAUCAUAUUUAGGGGGGAUGUCAGACAUAGAUAGCGUUGUAUUUAUACAGCAUAGCGAAUUAGACAGACAGCCUUGAAAUGUUCAAUUCAAUCCGCACCAAAACACACCCCCUAUUCAAUUCCCC